AUGGUGGUUAAUUUUAACAGUCCUGGUCAUGCGAAUGAAGAACAGGUUGCCAUGGCUACGAAAGGCCGUCCGACGAUCCUUAUACUAUCGCUGCUGCACAAUUCAGAAAAGCAUCUGCCCACAUUUAAUCAUUUGUUGAACGGAUUAACUUAUCCGAAGAGUUUAAUAUCGGUUGUUUUUGGGGAGGAGAAGAGUAUUGAUAACACCGUGAAUAUAACCUAUGCAAUGUUGAAUGAGAUGGUGAGGGAUUAUAGACGAGUUGGCAUUCAUUCUCUGCAAGUUAAUUCCGGAUUCACAACAAAUACUGCCGAGAGUCAUCAUGCGAAUUAUAAGCAUUCAAUGGAGAUGCAAUAUGAGAGACGGCGUCAUAUAGCGCUAGCUAGGAAUGUUUUGCUGUCACAUGGUCUCAAGGAUGAAGACUGGGUACUCUGGUUGGACAGUGACAUCGAAUGGGUGCCGAAUGAUCUUAUAGAGCACAUGCUGUGGGCGAAAAAAGAUAUCCUCGUUCCUCGGUGUGCUAUUCAUGGUAAAACGUGGGAGUCGCUCUAUGAUCUGAACACCUGGAGGGAGAGUGAGGAAUCACGACGAUGGCAAUCCGUGCGGGCAAGAUCAGACUUUCUGUUGCUCGAAGGAUAUGGUCAGCCCCGACCCGAUAGACUUCAUCUGGAUAGUUUGAGAAAUGAGGGCGACAUUGUCGAAGUAGAUGGGGUUGGUGGAUGCGUUUUACUAGUGAAUUCCCUUCUCCAUAGGCAUGGGUUGAACUUUCCAGCCUUUGUUUACAAGAACCAGAUUGAGACUGAGGGUUUCGCUAGGAUGGCCCAGUCGAUGGGCCAUAAGCUGUGGGCCUUGCCGAGGCUCACUGUGUAUCACUCUUGUUCAAAUGAGUCUACGUGGGUCAACUGUAAUGAAUAG